CACACGGUCCUUGCCAUGCUGCUGCCCCUGCUGCUCUGCCUCCUGCCCAGUGCCCUGCUGCCCCCCGUCGCCUCCACGAGGGCCCGGAACUCCAUGUCCAAGAAGUGCAGCCACCUGCAGUACUGGCACCAGAAGGCCCAGGCCUGCGUCCCCUGUGAGACCGGCCUCGCAAACCAUGUCCCACUGCACGGAUUGGAGUUCACUGUGAACUGCGGCAUGAGGGACACAGGCGGCCGCUUCGCAACUCCCAGCCAGGAGUGUCCCUCCAAAUCCUUCAACGAUGGGCGAUUCCUGCUGUGCCAGCCCUGCUCCCAGUGCCCACCCGGCACCGAGCUCAGCCCCUGCACCCGCCUGCAGGAUGCCCGAUGCUGCCCCCCCGGGCAGCGGCGGGGGCCGGAUGGGAGGUGCCGGCCUCGGUGCUGCUUCCCUGCCGAGCAGUGUCACCCUGCGCUCCUGGCUAACAUCGACUGCAACAGAACAGCGGAGGCUCCCGGUGCCGAGUCUCCUGCCUCCCUCCCCCCGUGCUGGCCUGGGGCCUCCCCUAGGUCCUCCACUUGGCUUCGGUCUUCAGAGGUACCGGGGGGCUCUGGCCACGCCCCAGGCUCUGCUUCGGCCCCCACCUCUGGGACCCCUGGAGGGCCCGAAUCCUGCAGCGACACGGCAGGCUACGGUGGUUAUGUCGCUGUUCUGGUGCUGCUGCUGCUGCUGCUGCUGGCUGGGGCCUUCGCUCUCAUUGUCUGGACACAGCGUGGCUGGUGCCCCCACCAGGCCUCCAGCCCCAUGGCUAAGCCCCAUCUGCUGCUUCACCCCCAGAGUGCAGAGGAGACAUCUGGCACCAUAGCACCCACCACUGGCCAUGCAGGCCUGUGGGGGGCACCACUGCAGCACCUGCUGGACGACGCGGACGUGCUGGAGGAGCUGAUCAUGCUGCUGGACCCCGAGGGCAAGGCUGGGGGGGGCACCCGGCACCUGGCCGCCCGCUACGGCCUCUCAGCCACCUGGAUUGACUAUGCCUAUUCCCUGCGCAGCACACGCAGCCCCCUGCGUGCCACCCUAGAGACAGUGGCUGCUCGCCAGCCCGAUGCCACACUAGGGCAGCUGGCCGGGCUGCUGGCUGCCAUGGGGCGCAAGGAUGCCCUACAGGUGCUGGAAGGGGUGCAGGUGGGGGUGUGA